CCUUCUUGGCCUGAGCCUGCAGGGACACAGAGGCAGACAUGCAGACCCAGAGGCGGGAGGCCACCCGGCCCUACAUCCCCUCUGGGACCCUGGAAGUGGACUUCCCAGCAUCUCUGUAUAGUGAUUACUACCUGUCCCUGGAGGGACCCCGCUGGGCACCAGCCAUCAAGCAUGCAACGCAAUGGAAGUAUACACCCAUGGGACGAGAUGCAGCUGCCCAGCUGUGGUACACAGGCCUGACCAACUCAGACCCCCAGGAAGCCUGGUACAACAUGCCCCGGGCCCUGGACAGCCCAUACCGCGAGGCCUAUGCCCGCUGGCACAGGUGCCACCAACACCGAGCGCACAGCCUGCCCUCAGCCUACACACAGCACCUGCGGGAGACGGCCUGGUACGACCCCAUUGUCCCUGCCCAGUACAAGACACCAGGCACGCGGUGGGGGAGCACACUGUGGAAAGACAUGCCUAUCCGUGGGAAGGAGUUUGUGCUCAAUAGGAACCGGUACCAGGAGGACCCACUCUGGCGGGCAUCUGACUACGUUCCCCACCUGUCAGCACCCCAGCGCCCUCGCUUCACAGCCCAGAACUACUGCCAGUGGAACCUGGAACCCUACUGUCCCUCCACCCACCAGCGGUCCCCAUCUGUUUAUAUGCCCACCCUCUGAUAAAGGCUGUGCUGCCCCUCCCUGUGCAGCUGCCUGAAUACGGGGAUGGUGGG